GACUUCACACUCAUUUUUCCGAGCACGUCCAGCGGCGGUCGCCCGUGUGCAAGAAUGGAUUUUCCACAAAGAAAACGAAAGCGCCUUCAAAUGUCUGCGCUGCAUUCGCCUCCAAUAAUCCGGAGACGCUCGCGGGUUCUGUUCGGUGUUUAGGUUUGAGGGUAUUUUCGUGUAGAAAGCCCGUUUUCAUGUCGCGAUGCAUUCACUGACCAUGAAGAUGGGCUGCAUCACGUGAAGAUGGUCGACAAACAAACGGUUUCUGACGCAGAAGAAAGCAGGGAUGGAUGCUGAUGAGUCUCCAGUCCAGUCCGUCUGCGAAGCUGUGGAAUAAACCUGCAGCAGGUCCUCAACAUGAACGGCACGGCCGCCGCUCCACCUGACUUGGUGGAUGUUCCCAAACUGCAGAACUUCAGCGGCCCAGCGGGCAGCCCUGACCCCUCUGGGUGGGCGGUCAUUCACACUGCCACGCUCUGCGUCUGCUCCGUCCUCCUCAUCUGCAUCUUCUGUCUGGGCUCCUACGGGAAUCUGGUGGUCUUUCUGUCCUUCUUCGACCCGGCCUUCCGCAAGUUCCGCACCAACUUUGACUUCAUGAUCCUGAACCUGUCCUUCUGCGACCUGUUCAUUUGCUGUGUGACCGCCCCGAUGUUUGCCCUGGUGCUGUACCUGGACGCCGGCGGAGUGGACGGCGUGUCCAAGAGUUUCUGCUUCGCCUUCCACCUGACCAGCUCCGGCUUCAUCAUCAUGUCCCUGGAGACGGUGGCGGUCAUCGCCCUGCACCGGCUGCGCAUGGUGCUGGGACAGCAGCCCAACCGCACCGCCUCCUUCCCCUGCACGCUGGCCCUCACCGCCCUGCUGUGGACGUCCAGCUUCACCAUGGCUGCCCUCCUCACCAUGCGGGCCUACCCCCGCAGGGACGGACCCUGCUUGCCUCACUUCGGCCUCGGGGGCGGACGAGCCCGGGUCAUUUUGUACGUCUACCUGGCGGACUUUGCCUUCUGCGUGGCUGUGGUGUCCGUGUCGUACCUGAUGAUCGCUCAGACGCUCAGGAAGAACGCCCAAGUCCGGAAGUGUCCUAUGAUCGCCGUGGCCGCCACUUGCCCGCCACCUCCGCCGCCUUUUGCCGCGGCAGGCUUUGACAAUAUGCAGUGUGGCGUUCAAGGACCCUCUCUGUAUCGCAACCAGACUUACAACAAACUGCAGAACAUCCAGACGCACUCUUUCAACAGCAGGGCCGGGCAGCCUCUCGUUCCAGGGGCGGCUCCCGGAGCGACCUGCUGCCAGCUGGUCUCCUCGGUCAACCUGGCCACCGCCAAAGACUCGAAGGCCAUGGUGACCUGUGUGGUCAUCGUGUUCUCCGUCCUGCUCUGCUGCCUGCCCAUGGGCGUGUCCUUGGCUCAGGACGUGCUGUCGCCCGAGAGCAGCUUUGCUCAUUACCAAUUUGAACUCUGCGGAUUUGUGCUCAUAUUCCUCAAGUCCGGCAUCAAUCCGUUCGUGUACUCGCGGAACAGCGCCGGACUGCGCCGGCGGGUGCUGUGCUGCCUUCAGUGGGCGGCGCUGGGGCUUCUCUGCUGCAAGCAGAAGACUCGCCUCCACGCCAUGGGCAAGGGGAACCUGGAGGUCAACAGAAACAAGUCCUCCCAUCACGAGACCAACUCGGCAUACGUGCUGUCGCCCAAGCCGGCCAGGCGGCUGGUGGACCAAGCUUGCGGCCCGAGUCACUCCAGGGACUGUGCCGCGACUCCGAAAGCCACAGGUGGACGCAAACCUCGCCCGCCGAGCACGUCGACGCCCAUCAACACCCGCAUCGAGCCUUACUACAGCAUCUACAACAGCAGCCCCUCGGCCGGGCCCAGCUCGCCCACGAGCCUGCAGCCCGUGAGCUCUCAGACCUUCGCCUUCGCCAAAUCUUACGUAGCCAUGCACUACCACACGCCCCAAGACGCACUGCAGGACUUGGAGAGCACCUCAGUCCACCAGAUCCCCGUCCCCUCCGUCUGACCAACCAAACAAACACUUGCAUCACAGCCAGUCUUGCUAUUCCUUCUUGACAUGUGUUGACAUACGUGGCGGUAAAUUGUCUCUCUUUUCACGAGUAUAGUUUUGACCUUCUGCCCCUGUGUUGCACAUGCAUGUGACUAUAUACACAAGCGCCGGGGACUGACGCCAUCUGACCCGUUCUCUUGAGCCCGGCAGAUUUCUCACUUAGACACGGCAGACUCCUGGGCUGCGUGGGACCUGUCGUGGCCACGCCCUCCCUCAGAGACCUCAUAGUUGAUGUAGUCUUGGUUUGUGAUCAUUCUUGCCUUACUUGGACACGGCUGCUGGUGGCAUGCGGCUGCACACGGUUGGGUUUUGCUUCUUAAGGUUGAUGUAAAUGUGGACGUUUUGAUUCAAUAAAUGUGACGCACUUGCAUUGGAAACACAUUCUCACUGGUUUUGUGUUGACCAUACGCACGUGUCAUGUUUCAUAAAGCGUCCGCCUCCUCCUUCAUCAUCCUCCCUGGUCUUUUCAUAUCCUCCUUCAUCGCAUCCAUCAACUUCAUGACUGUCUUCCUCUACUUCUCCCCCUCCUCUGACUCGUUGACAGUGAUACGAUACUUUCUGUUGCUGUCCUCUCAAUGAAAACCAGGGACUCUUCAACUGUCCUAUGAAGCUUCUCUGGCUUUCCUGCUGAUGCUCUUCACUCAUAUAGUGACAGUUGACUCCUCUCUGCCUGCACUCUCCUCUUCGCCUCGUUUAUUUUCUGCCCAUCCCGCGAUAUCACUGACCAAAUCCUUGAGCUCACCUGUCUUCUUGACCUCUGCUCCCUCAUCUUCACUGGUCCUUGGAAGGAUUUUAUCUUGUCUCGCAUUAAAAAGGUUCAGUGAAAACAUCAUACAUUUCUUGUCACCGUUUUCCCUCUUAAAUAGUAAACUAACAAUAGAAGUUCAGUAAACAUGUCCAGCUUAUACUAUUACAUCGACUCAAGACAACGGUCAUGUGGAUGCGGCUGCGAGUGAAUGAUGUUGUUGAACAUUGAACAUCAUGAUACUUGCGCAGGGGUCUCAAACAGAUCCCCAGAAGUGCCUUGGUGGGCACAGGUUUUUGUUCCAACCCAGCUGUCAGUGGUCGGAGGAAGUCGGGUUCACAGGCUUCAGACACCUGAUGAAGGUGAUAAAGUCUUCGCUUUAUUGGUUGGAACAAAAAAACUGCGGCCCUUUCUGGAACAGUUUGGACACCCCUGGUUCAUAAAAAGAGACGCAGAAAUGAAUAUAUUAACAGAGAAAGGAGAAGUGGAACAAACAAUGAGGGAGGAUGGAUGUGAAU